AUGAACAUAACCUUUCCCAGUGACUACCCCUUCAAGCCCCCCAAGUGCCACUUCACUACGAAGAUCUAUCAUUGCAAUAUAUCAUCCAACGGCUCCAUUUGCUUGGAUAUUCUCAAAGACCAAUGGAGCCCAGCUCUGACCAUUUCCAAGGUUCUACUAUCGAUAUCAUCGCUCCUCACCGACCCGAAUCCGGACGACCCCUUCGUACCAGAAAUCGCCCAUCUCCUGAAAUCAGACAAGACCAAACAUGAUUCGCAUGCUCGAGAGUGGACCCACAAAUAUGCCAUGUGA